AUGCAGGUGUUUUCGCCCUCCAAGGUGAACCUGUUCCUGCGGAUAAUGCGGCGGCGCGAGGACGGGUACCAUGACCUCGCCUCGCUCUUCCACGUCAUCGACCUAGGCGAUGACAUGGAGCUCGAGGUGCUGCCUGACAGCGCCGCGGUGGACGUGCUGCAGUGCAGCGACCCCACCAUCCCCUGCGACGAGCGCAACCUAGUCAUCAAGGCGCUCAACCUGUACCGUCGCAAGGCAGGGGUGUCCACCCACUUCCGCGUGCGCCUGGACAAGCGCGUCCCCCACGGCGCCGGCCUCGGCGGCGGCAGCGGCAACGCCGCAACAACGCUGUGGGCGGCCAACGAGCUGUGCGGGCGGCCUGCGACGGACGCGCAGCUGCUGGAGUGGAGCGGGGAGAUCGGGUCCGACAUAUCGGUGUUCUUCUCAUCGGGGGCGGCGUACUGCACUGGGCGCGGGGAAAUCGUGGAGGACGUGCCCCCUCCGCUUCCGCUGGACACGCCGCUGCUGCUGGUCAAGCCGCCGAUCGGCCUGUCCACGCCCCAGAUCUUCCGCGCGCUCGACCUCGGCCGCCGCAGCGAGGAGGACCCGCGGGGCCUGCUCGAGCGCAUGGCAGCUGCCGGGAAGCUGUCGGACGAGCUCACCGUGAACGACCUCGAGCAGCCCGCGUUUGACACGCUGCCAGAGCUGCGGGCGCUGCAGGAGCGGCUGGCGGCGGAGGGGGAUGCCGGCGGGCAGCCGUUCAGCUCGGUGUUCAUGACAGGCAGCGGCAGCACCAUCGUGUGCGCGGGCGCCGACGCGGCGCCGGCGUUCCUGUCGCGGGAGACUGCGUACUCGGAUGUGUUUGUCAGCCCCGCGCGCCUGAUCGUUCGGCGGCCGGGGGAGUGGUACGCGGCGCCGGCCGGCGGGCCGCGGGCGGGGGCGGCGGCCGCGGCGGCGGCGACCGCGGCGGCGUGA